AAAGCCCCCACACAAAGCUCGCACGGAAAGGAAAAACGUAAACAAACGAUUUUGCAUCGCUGCUGCUGCUGGUUCUGUUGCUGAAAACAUGAGUUUCGAAGAGAAAAAGAAUCUUCUUUUUUCAUCGUUGGAAACAGCCGAACAGAGCAUCGCAGCCGACUCGAUUCUACACCAGCAGAAUGCGAACGAAACGGACUACAGUCUGGUGCACAUGUCCAAAUGUCGCAUAAAGCCAAUCGCGGUGGACAGAUACCUAGGGCGAGAAAGUAUCUUCAAGCGACCGAACGCACCGAUCGGCCAGUGUCUGAAAAGGGCCAAUCUUCCGGGCUAUAAGCGUAACCCGCACAAAUGGAUCAAGUACUCGCUGGAGGAUGUGGACACUUCGGACCGAAGCAACAUGGCGGCAGCAUUUUCCUUCCUUAAGCAGAUGGAAGACCAACGGGAAACUGCAGAAAACAGUGGCAGUGAUGCUAAUCCGCCGGAUGUUACCGCUCAACCUUGCAGAUCGAUCGUACGGUUUAAUCGCUCCGUAAGACUGCGGGGUCAGCUGAAUGAGGCGGACGAACCGGUGGAAACACCCGCCGAGGAUAGACCACAGUUUAACGGGCGACGUGUGCUCAUGCCCGAGUACGUUGUUGGACAGAAGGCACCGAAAAGGGCCAAGCGAACAUCGAACGUGCGAAAGGCUGGUCCAUCCACGACUGGCAAAGGAACGGAAUUGCAACUGGAUCAUCUGAUGGAAGAGGAGGAAGAGAUCGAUCAAGAGGAACAGGAGGAUAUGUAAUAGCAUGUGGAAAAGGGGUGUUUAGUUUUUAAGUCGUAAUAUAAUCAGGCCUAGAAUUAAGUUUAUGUGAAAAUAAAAUCCUUAACAGAUUAACAGUAA